CGGGCGGCUUGCCCGCACGAGAUGAUAAGCACGGGCGGCUUGCCCGCACGAGAUGAUAAGCACGGGCGGCUUGCCCGCAGGAAAUGAUAAGCACAGGUGGCUUGCCCGCACAAGAUGAUAAGCACAGGUGGUUUGCCCGCACGAGAGGCGGCUUGCCCGCAUGAGAUGAUAAGCACGGGCGGCUUGCCCGCACGAGAGGCGGCUUGCCCGCAUGAGAUGAUAAGCACGGGCGGCUUGCCCGCACGAGAUGAUAAGCACGGGCAGCUUGCCCGCACGAGAUGAUAAGCACGGGCGGCUUGCCCGCAAGUGAUGAUAAGCACGGGCGGCUUGCCCGUAUGAGAUAAAGAAGAAGAAACCUUUAUUCGUCACAUGCACACUUCAAGCACAGUGAAAUUCAUCCUCUGCAUUUAAUCCAUCUGAAGCAGUGAACACACACACACACACACCCAGAGCAGUGGGCAGCCACACCAGAGCGCCCGGAGAGCAGUCAGGGGUUCGGUACCUUGCUCAAGGGCACCUCAGCCCAAGGCCGCCCCAUGUCAACCUAACCUGCAUGUCUUUGGACUGUAGGGGAAACCGGAGCACCCGGAGGAAACCCACACAGACACAGGGAGAACAUGCAAACUCCACACAGAAAGGCCCUCGCCGGCCACGGGGCUCGAACCCGGACCUUCUUGCUGUGAGGCGACAGCGCUAACCACUACAUCACCGUGCCACCCACCAGGUGGCUUGCCUGCACGAGAUAAACACGGGUGGCUUGCCCGCACGAGACUGGUACAGUGACUUGCUCGCGUGAGAUUUUUUUUAAAAAUCACCUUUUGGGACUUUAGAGGCUCUGUACAAUUAUGAACACAGAAGAAAAGGUUUUUCUAUACAAGAUGAUCAUGCACUUGUGCCCCAACCAACAUAAAACCACUCCAACUGGUGGAAAGGACCAAGCUAAAUUACAACCCACCCAAAGAGGAUGGAUCCACCUACAGGAUUGAGCUGCAGGGCAUCUCCAUGCCCAUCAUGAAGCAGAUCCUGGACUACAUCUUCAGUGGAGAGAUCUCUCUGAGUGAGGACACCAUCCAGGACGUGGUGCAAGCUGCAGACAUGCUGCUCCUCACCGACCUCAAGUCACUGUGCUGUCAGUUCCUGGAGAACUGCAUCACGGCCGAGAACUGCAUUGGUAUCCGACUCUUCUCCCUGCACUACUGCCUGCACCACGUGCAUCAUGUGGCCACCGAGUACCUGCAGACGCACUUUAGGGACGUGGUGGACACGGAGGAGUUCCGCGAGCUGCCGCCUGAGCGUGUGUGUGAGCUGUUGGCAAUGGAGAAACUCAACGUUGGGAAUGAGAAGUACGUGCUGGAGGCCGUGGUGCGCUGGCUCGCCUACGACAUCGAGGCCCGGCGGGUGCACAUGAAGGAGGUGAUGUCUGCAGUGUGGGUGCAGGGCUUGGACCAGAGCUACCUGCAGGAGCAGAUGGUGGCAGACCCGCUCAUGAGGGAGGUGAUUGGCGAGUGCUGCAUGGAGUCAUUAAGAGGCGCGGCGCAGCAAGGAGAGGCACUGCUCGCUGCCUUCAAACCCCGUGGCUACUCCGAGUGCAUCGUCAUUGCAGGGGGUGAGGACAGGGUCACCCGGAAGCCUUCUGCAGUGACCCGCUGUAUGUGCCCUCUUUACGACCGGAACCGGCAGCUAUGGAUCGAUCUACAGCCCAUGAAUGAGAGACGACUUGGUCAUGGGGUGGUUACUGCUGAUGGCUGUCUUUUUGCGAUUGGGGGAAUGGAUGAAAACAAGACUGUGUUGAGUAGUGGAGAGAAAUACAACCCAGAGACGAACACCUGGGCACACAUUCCACCAAUGAACCAGGCAAGGCAGCACUUCUGUAUUGCCGAGAUGGAUGGACUAAUCUACGUGCUGGGUGGGGAGAAUGAGGACACUGAAGUCCUCCUCACGAUGGAAGUAUUUGACCCUCACCUUAAUAACUGGACCUCCCAGACCAGCAUGACUACUGUCCGAAAGUUUGGUUGCUGUGCUACAAUGAAGAAGAAGCUCUAUGUCAUGGGAGGAGGAUCUUACGGGAAAAUUUAUGACUCAGUGGAAUGUUACGACCCUAAGACUCAGCAGUGGACUACACUCUGCCCUCUAAAGGAGAGGAGGUUUGGCGCCGUAGCGUGUGGUGUAGGUCAGGAGCUCUAUGUGUUUGGAGGAGUGAGGAGCCGAGAUGCAGAUAACCCCGAGUCCAGUCAAAUGACUAUCUGCAAGUCGGAGUUUUUUCAUGAUGAAUUGAAAAGGUGGGUGCUGCUCGAUGAUCAGAACCUGUGCAUACACACUACAUCGUCAUUCGUGUACGGAGCUGUUCCCAUUGGGGCCAGUAUUUAUGUGGUAGGAGAACUGGACACAGGUACCAGUUACGACUACGUGCGAGAGUUUCGGCGCAGUACAGGCACUUGGCACCCGACUCGCCCCCUCCUGCCUUCGGACCUGUGUAAGACGGGCUGUGCUCCUCUCCGAAUCGCUAACUGUAAGCUGUUCCGGUUGCAGCUGAAACAGGGCCUGUUCCGGAUCCGAGUGCCAUCCAUGUAACGUGCACAUCCUCACCCAUGUAGUCGUCUUCUCUCUGCUUGCUGAUUGGGUACAUUUAAAAUAAAAAAAUAAAAAAAAAAGAAGAAGCACAUGUGGCGGUUGGGAAUCGCUGGAGUUUAAGCGAGAAAGCUUACUUGAGUGAGUGAGCUGUGUAGGGACAUUUUUGUCCGCUUUUGUUUCAUGCCUUCUUACAGGAAUGUCCUUUAUUUUCUUUACUGUAAGGGAUUUGAAUGUCAUUUUGAUAUGUAGCAGCUUAGCUGCUUUUUUUAGUGUUAAUACUGUGUUUUUAGCAUGGACCACAGGUUCUUGAUUGUUGCUACUGCCUUUUAAGCCAGCACUAAUCCAGAUAAUAGCUUUGAUAAAUAGAUGAUGAUGAUGAGGAGGAGGAGGAGGAGGAGGAGGCAGCUUGACUGUUUUUUUUUUUUUUUUCCUGUUGUGGGUUGUUUUUUUUUCUUUAAAUAAUUUAUAAAUUAUCUCACACUUGGGUAUACUGUUGAUGGAAACAGCUUACGACUAUCAGGAGAAGAAUGAUGGGAACAGUGGUGUAUUUUUAGCCCAUAUUAAACACAGCUUUAGAUGUAGAAAGUAUUAGCCCUCAUGGAGUAAAGUCCAUGGUAAUAUACUCCACUCGGGCUUCGCAUGCUACAUGUGUAUAACCAGUAGUAGGAAGUGAUCUUUCCUGUAUUGAUGAUAAAACCUUCGUCGAGGAUCCUCGCUCGUGUUUGUCACUGUUUGUGUAUGUGUGUUUUGAGGGUGACCUUUGAACUGGCUUUCCAGUCACGGCAGACCGUUUUGGCAUCCUGUGACCCCAUUUGUCGCAUGCGUGUCACAGCUGCUGCUGUCUAUUCUAAUCGGUACAGAUUGGCUUCGAGAGAAACUCGUAAGCACACACAGCUGCCCAACGAUACAAACGACCCGUGUUAAGCAAACAUUUGUGACAGCUUUGUUUUAGGUGUCCUUAAUAUAAUGUUACACGAUCACACCUUCUAAAGUACACACACGACUACUUCGGGAUUAGAAGCCGCGUCCUUGCACUAAAGAAGUCUGAGCAUUAUGAGAUUAAACUUGUUUGCGUUCUUAAUUCUCGGAAUGUAAGAGUGCUGAUUAAUUCGAGAUGUUCAUCUUGGGUUAAAACCCUGCGUGCGCAUCAGCCGUUUUAAUUAUCCUGUGUUUCAGGUAUUGACAAUAACAUGAUCGUGUAUUUGUUGACUCAGGUGGCUGUGUACUGGGAACACUCCUGCAUCAUUUUCGAAGAAUUUAUUGCAACUUCCCAGGGUCGUUCUGCAUACCUCCGUUUUAAACCUGACCCUCUCAUCUCUAUACAGAACACAACCAGGGACUCGAUAUGAUAUGCAGAAACUAUCUCCGAGAUAGCACAUGCUCUACUUUAUCACUAUUUGACUUGAUUAUUUAUGUUUUUCCUCCUCACUACGCAUGAUCACUGAUAACGUCCGUUCCCUCAUCUCCUCUUAAACAGCCUUGACCUUUGCUCUGAAAUUGUUAACGCUUCAUGUGAUGCUUCUGCAGUCAGUCAGUCAGUCAGUCAGUCAGUCGCGACGCCUCUCUACAAGCGUUUAUGUAAUAACUUAACACCAGAAAGGCUGCAUGCACCUUCACGGACACAACACAGCUCACGCCCAACACUUAAACAUACAGUGUGUGCGUGCGGAUGUGCAAACAAAGGAUAACCAUGAACACACACUACACAUUCCUUCAUGUGCCACUGUUUACAUUACACGCCAGACCCUUCAGUUAAAAUUCAUAAAGGUCCAAUUAUAGAAAAUUCCUGGCUUACAAAUGACAUCUGGAUAAGCGGCUAACAUGGCUGAACGGUGACGACAAUUACGUUUUAACACUUGGCUGUUAACGCUUCUCCAUAAACGGUUUAUGCUUAUAAAUAAUACACCUCGAAGUAGGAGUGGGCCAUGUGAGAAAAAUACAUAAAGCCAUGUCUGAUACACAAUACAGUAUAUAUUAAAUAAAGCAGCAUGAAAACAGUCGUGUUGCAUUUAAAAGGAAAAAAUGAAUCAGUUCUAUGAUUUAUACUUUACGAUUUAAAAAAAAAAAAACCAGUAAUGAAAUUUACACAAAGUGGAAUUAAGACUAAAACAUUGGAAUUCUUUGUAAUCGUCUGUAAAAUUGUUCAUAUUUUACUAUUUUAAGCGUUUCAACCAGCACAAAACUUUAAAGGGGUACCGAAUAUAAUAUAUACAGUUGCUGAUGUGACAAAGUAACGUAUUCUUAAGUAUUCUAUCAAAUUUAUAUACUAGAAAACAACGAAAUAUCUUGGUAAUUGUAAAUAUAAUAGUCGGUAGGGGGCGUCGUGGCUCAGGUGGCUAAGGCGCCAUACCAUAAAUCCUGGGACCCGGGUUCGAUUCCGACCCGAGGUCAUUUCCCGAUCCCUCCCCGUCUCUCUCUCCUGCUCAUUUCCUGUCCUGUCUCUGCACUGUCCUAUCCAAUAAAGGUGAAAAAAGACCCAAAAAAAAUCUUUAAAAAAAAAAUAUAUAUAUAUAUAUAUAAAAUAGUCGGUAGGGGGCGUCGUGGCUAAGGCGCCAUACCAUAAAUCCUGGGACCCGGGUUCGAUUCCGACCCGUCUCUCUCCCGCUCAUUUCCUGUCCUGUCUCUGCACUGUCCUAUCCAAUAAAGGUGAAAAAAGACCCCAAAAAAAUCUUAAAAAUAUAUAUAUAAUAGUCGGUACGCUAAACGGCACAAGAGUCGCCAUUUUUAAAAGACCGUGACGUCAGCGCUACCCACUGCACUAGGAGAGAAGCGUGUAAUCAUGGCGUCAGGCGCCAUGAAAGCGACAGCUCUGUCGAAUCAUACGAAGAGAUCCCGCAAGACACACUGCAAGCAGGCUAUGGCUUAGAAGGGUACCAGUUUGAACCUAGGAGAGGUACUCUCGACUCCGGUGAUGACGAAAGAAGAGAAGAAAGCUCGAACUCGCUUGGUGUUUUUCAGCGGAAACGAGUGAAAAGACACGUCUGGAGGAUCGUUACGCUUUCCAUCGCUCCUGUUAUUACACCCGAAAGCAACACACUGUGGCAUUGUGUAGCCGAUCACUUACAAUUCAUCCUACUUUCCGAUUCACACGUGCUAUUCCCAACCUCAAUGAGCCGACACAACUGGGCACAUACAUACGUCAUGAGUGUUACGCAGAGAAAAUGAACGUGCAUUCUGAUUGGAUACAAUUAAUAUCACGGCGGGCUGUUCAAACUGCGGAAAUAGUUUGCUCGAGCUACUUUCAAAACACUAUAACUUUCCAACCCCAGAACAAAAAACUUUUGUAAGUCUUGAAUAAGGUUCGUUAAUGUGUGUUUUAUUGUUAUAUUUACUCUAUAUAUUGCCCUCUGUUCCCCUUUAAUACCUAAUCAGCUUCUUCUAAUCAGAGUUUGUAAUUAUUAUUAAAUAAUGUUAUAAAAAGAUAUCACGACACUGCCUGUGAAAUAUUUAAAUCACAUCGGCUGACGUUGAGUGGUAUGUCAGAUAUGUUCCAUUCAGCUAGCAGGAUAUUGAACGAAUCGAAAAUGAGUGCUAGCUGAAUGGAAUAUAUCUGAUAUACCACAAAAAAAAAGCCAUUAUUAUUAUACAUACACAUUCCUUUCGGGUGUUCAACGCGUCUUUCUCUUUCAAAAUUCUCUCAAAAGCUUCCAUAUUUAACGAAGCAAACCUGGCAGCCAUGUUUGUUUGUUUAAAAAUCGUCACGGUCACUCACUAGCGCGGAAGCUUUCCGUCUCCGACGUGUGACAUCAUGUUGUCUUGACAACCAUGCAAUAUCGUAAACCAUAUUCAGCGCUCAUGGUAGAGUGACAUAAUACACGUAGGAUAAGCGAUAUGCUAACAAUAUUGCAUGCUAUUGAACCAAAUGAAUGAAACCCGCUAGAAGGGGAUAGAACACGUUUUUAUUCCAUCAAAAAAGUGUCCUGUAUGUAUAAUAAUUUAUCAUAGUAUAUCGUCUCAUGACCCAGCUCUACUUCAAAACACAUUGUUUUGUAUCAGCACGUCACGUGACUACUUUUGACUAGCGCCACGGACUCUGAACAAAUGAGAUGCAUCUAUUCUGAAUUCAAUGCAAAAAGAAUAAACGUGUACUUCUUUUGUUCGUUCAUCUUUCAAAACUAAAACAGAAUGUUGUAGUAAGCCACGUUGUCAGCAGCUAAUCAGACCAGAGAAGGGUAAUUAAAUAAAUUGCAAAUCUACGAAUAUCUGAAAAUCUUGGUGUUCCUGGGUGAACUUAUCUGUAACUCAUCUCUGAUCCGAUCAGCUGCCUAAAGCCACAGUUGUGUUCAAAUAAAUAGUAGUGUGUUGAAUAAAGUGACAUAUUUAACAGUUAUUCCACGAAAUCAAGUCGUACAUGAGCUGAUAGCCGAUGAGGCGCGUAGUGCUGAGUUGGCUGCUUGCCAUGUACGACGAGAUUGAAUGAAAUAAGUGUUUUAUUCUAGCCACAUUCACUGGAUUUUGAGAAACUGAGCAUUUAUGUUUCGCAAAUUUGAUAAAUAAAAACUUUAUACAAAGCAUCCGACAAUCAUUUCCGCUUGGAAUCUAAACAGACUGGUGAAAUGACAGUAGCAAUUUGUGAAAAAUGCUAUAAUAAUAAUAAUAAUUCUUGAAAAAUAAAAAAAGAAGAUACACGUUCUUACCAUCAAAUACUUUUAUUCCUUUGUAUUUUUGCUGUUUCAUUUUCGAGUAGAGUUUUUAUUUCGUCCUCAGUUGCUUCAGCAACACGCGCCGCCAUUUUGUUUUUCUCUACUCACGGUAUAUGAGCUGAUAUCCUAGUAGUAGAGUACCCAAUCAGAGCGCACGAUUGCUCAUAGCCAGUGAAUGUCUCAUCUCAUUAUCUCUAACCGCUUUAUCCUGUUCUACAGGGUCGCAGGCAAGCUGGAGCCUAUCCCAGCUGACUACGGGCGAAAGGCGGGGUACACCCUGGACAAGUCGCCAGGUCAUCACAGGGCUGACACAUAGACAACCAUUCACACUCACAUUCACACCUACGCUCAAUUUAGAGUCACCAGUUAACCUAACCUGCAUGUCUUUGGACUGUGGGGGAAACCGGAGCACCCGGAGGAAACCCACACGGACACGGGGAGAACAUGCAAACUCCACACAGAAAGGCCCUCGCUGGCCACGGGGCUCGAACCCGGACCUUCUUGCUGUGAGGCGACAGCGCUAACCACUACACCACCGUGCCGCCCGCCAGUGAAUGUGGAUAGAAUAAUUUUUAAUAGCUUUGAUUUUCCAUAUUUCAAACGUAGUGGAAACGUUACACAUUCAAUUCCAAAUCAAAGCAUGAACAAAUUUUAUCAGGUCUGUGUUAUUCUUUUACAAAAACCAAAUAAAUGCAUAUUAAGCUGUUAAAAAUAGCAGUGUCAACAUUUUUCUCUUCCAACUAUUUAGUUGCGUAACCAUUGUUUUUGAUAACUGCUGUGCAUUUGUGUUCCAUUGAGCCAAUCACCUUCUGGCACCUACUUUAUAAACAGGUAUUUCAGCCUAGGAUGAACGAACUGCAUUCCACAGUUCCUGAGGGAACCCUCCAAAAGGGAUCAAUAAAGUUCUGUCUAAUCUGUGAAUUGUUGAGUUUUGCUUCAGAAACUACAUUUUGAAAGUCACACCACAAGUUUUCAAUGGGGUUGAGGUCCAGGGAUUGAGCUGCCAGUCCAUUAUCUCAAUCCUUUUUGUCUGGAGCCAAGAUGUUGCUCGCUUACUCGUGUGUUUGGGGUCGUUGUCUUGUUGAAACACCCAUUUCAGAGGCAUUUCCUCUUCGGCAUACGGCAACAUGAUCUCUUCAAGUAUUCUGAUGUAUUCAGACUGAUCCAUGAUCCCUGGUACACUACCGUUCAAAAGUUUGGGGUCACCCAGACAAUUUUGUGUUUUCCAUGAAAAGUCACACUUUUAUUUCCCACCAUAAGUUGUAAAAUGAAUAGAAAAUAUAGUCAAGCCAUUUUUCUGGCCAUUUUGAGCAUUUAAUCGAGCCCACAAAUGUGAUGCUCCAGAAACUCAAUCUGCUCAAAGGAAGGUCAGUUUUAUAGCUUCUCUAAAGAGCUCAACUGUUUUCAGCUGUGCUAACAUGAUUGUACAAGGGUUUUCUAAUCAUCCAUUAGCCUUCUGAGGCAAUGAGCAAACACAUUGUACCAUUAGAACACUGGAGUGAGAGUUGCUGGAAAUGGGCCUCUAUACACCUAUGGAGAUAUUGCACCAAAAACCAGACAUUUGCAGCUAGAAUAGUCAUUUACCACAUUAGCAAUGUAUAGAGUGGAUUUCUGAUUAGUUUAAAGUGAUCUUCAUUGAAAAGAACAGUGCUUUUCUUUCAAAAAUAAGGACAUUUCAAAGUGACCCUAAACUUUUGAACGGUAGUGUAUAUGAUGAUUAAGCCCAACAUCAUUGUAUGAAAAACAUCCCCAUCCCAUGAUUUUUGCACCACCACCAUGCUUCACGAUCUUCACAGUGUACUGUGGCUUCAAUUCAGUACCCCAUGACCACCAGACCCUAAAAGAACGAUUUUACUCUCAUUAGUCCACAUGUUGUUACACCAUUUCUCUUUGGGCCAAUCACGGUGUUCCUUAGUAAAUUUGAACCGAUUCUGCACAUACCGUUUUGGUUUUUUGAGUGCCCCCCCAACAAUGGUGCUUUACGGGGGCUUCUUGUUGAGAGCUUAGCUUCAAUCAAACGUCUUCUGAUUGUAACAGUACUUGCAGGUGAUUUUAGAUUAUCUGACCAUAAGGCCAAUGAGCUAUCGCCAUGGCGUGGCGUCCGUCCGACGUCCACAAUCCGGUUAAAUCGUAUCUCCUCCGUCAGUUCUCCACGGAUUUCCAUUCCGAUUGUUUUGUUUGAAAGAACUCAUCACUCCUCACAAAACUUGUCAUUGUUUUGCAAGUCUUUUGCUAACAAGUUAAUAAUUAGGCCAAAUUAACGAAUUUUCCAGGCCUCUCAUGAGAAUUUCAUCUCCCCUCUCUCUCUCUCUCUCUCUCUCAUUUCUCCUCCGAUUCCAGUUCUCACUGAUGUUUUGGGUAGAUCUUCCCUUGAGGAACAAAACUUGGUCCUUUUGUUUGUUGAUGUUCCAUUUGUUUACAACUUUAUUUUCAUUUAAAUCGUGUCUCCUCCCUCGGUUCUCAAUGGAUUUCAGUUCUGAUUGUUUUAUUUGAAAGAACUAGACCUUCUGCACAACACUUGGUCAUUGUAUUGCCAGUUUUUUACUAACAAAUUAGUCAUUAGGUCAACUUCACACAUUUUCUUCAGACUAGAAUUGUAUCUCCGCUCUCGUUUAUCAUGCAAAUUCAGUUCUGAUCGAUGUUUUGGGUCGAUCUUCCCUCGGGGAACAAAAUUUAGUCCUUUGUUGAUUUUCCUGUUGGAAACAAUUUGUCGUGGAGGUUGGUCCUCUCUCACGUCGUCACAUUUCAGUUCUGUUUGAUGAAUUUGGUCGUCAUGGUUGUUUUGCUGGUCGUCCAGAUGAGCUACUACGUCCUUGACGUUCUGGUAGAUCAUCUUGGAUCUUCCUGGAUGUGAUGAUUUGCUGAAUCUUUGCCAUUCUUACUGCUGUUCUAUCUGUUUUAACAGUAGUUGCUCGUUUUCUUCUAUGUGUUUUGGGAUUUUGUUGCUAUUUUAAAGCAUUUGAGAUCAUUUUAGCGGAGCAUUCUAUAAUUUGCUGCACUUCUUUAUACAUUUUCCCCUCUCCAGUCAACUUUUUAAUCAAAUUACGUUGUUCCUCCGAACUAUAUUUGGAACGACCCAUUUUACUUAGCAGUUCAUAAGGAAGUCUAUUUUAUAACUAUUUGUGAAACAUUUGCUUUGGUUCUUCCUUUGUAAAGGACAAUCAAUGACUCCUGUUUUUUCACAGAAUAAAUGAAUGAACUCUGUAAUUAAACUUCACACUGCUAUUAUUUCGAACACGCCCCUUUCAAUGAAUGAGUCAGUUACUCAGAGCAAGCAGCGUGCAUGUCAUGACAGUUGGGUUUGUUGUUUUUCUGUUACACUACUACAUCUGUAAGUAAAUUAUAUGCCAUGCGGAAAUAUCACUACUACUAAUAAGUGUUUCAUCAGGUUGCUGAUGUUGUCCUGCUUAAUUUUUUUUUAAAACACAACUAAUUUACAUAUACACUAUUUGGCCAAAAGUUUGUGAAUGCAUGGGAUGAUGUGGUCAGGCAUUACACCCGUAUGUGCUUGUUGAAUUUGCCAUUCCAGAUUUAGUCCCAUUCUGCCAUUAUAAUAAUCUCCACUCUUCUUCUGGGAAGGCUUUCCACUAGAUUUUGUAGUGUAGCUGUGGGGAUUUUUACUCAUUCAGCCACAAGAGCAUUAAUGCUCAUAAAGAUCAGGGACUGAUAUUGGAUGAGGAGGCCUGGGAUGCAGUCGGUGUUCCAGUUCGUCUCAAAGGCGUUCAGUGGGGUUGAGGUUGGGGCUCUGUGCAGGACACUCACUUUCUUCUGCUCCAACUUUAGCAAACCAUGUCGUCAGGGAGCUUGUUUUGUGCACAGUGGCGUUGCCAUGCUGGAGCAGGCUUGGGCCUGUUAGUUCCAGUGAAGGGAAAGUGUAAUGCUCCAGGAUACAAAGACGUUCUGUACAGUUGUGUUUUCUUCUUUGAUACAACAGUUCAGGUUUUUAUACUACCGUUCAAAAGUUUGGGGUCACCCAGACAAUUUUGUGUUUUUCCAUGAAAAGUCACACUUUUAUUUCCCACCAUAAGUUGUAAAAUGAAUAGAAAAUAUAGUCCAGACAUUUUUCUGGCCAUUUUGAGCAUUUAAUCGACCCCACAAAUGUGAUGCUCCAGAAACUCAAUCUGCUCAAAGGAAGGUCAGUUUUCUAGCUUCUCUAAAGAGCUCAACUGUUUUCAGCUGUGCUAACAUGAUUGUACAAGGGUUUUCUAAUCAUCCAUUAGCCUUCUGAGGCAAUGAGCAAACACACUGUACCAUUAGAACACUGGAGUGAGAGUUGCUGGAAAUGGGCCUCUAUACACCUAUGGAGAUAUUGCACCAAAAACCAGACAUUUGCAGCUAGAAUAGUCAUUUACCACAUUAGCAAUGUAUAGAGUGGAUUUCUGAUUAGUUUAAAGUGAUCUUCAUUGAAAAGAACAGUGCUUUUCUUUCAAAAAUAAGGACAUUUCAAAGUGACCCCAAACUUUUGAACGGUAGUGUAUAUGCCAAAAGUAUUUGCUCACCCAUCCAAAUUAUCGGAAUCAGGUGUUCCAAUCACUUCCAUGGCCACAGGUGUAUAAAAUCAAGCACCUCGGCAUGCAGACUGUUUUUACAGUUUGGAGCUGGCCCCUUCCUCUUCCAACAUGACUGUGCACCAGUGCACAAAGCAAGGUCCAUAAAGACAUGGAUGACAGAGUCUGGUGUGGAUGAACUUGACUGGCCUGCACAGAGUCCUGACCUCAACCCGAUAGAACACCUUUGGGAUGAAUUAGAGCGGAGACUGAGAAACAGGCCUUCUCGUCCAACAUCAGUGUGUGACCUCACAAAUGCGCUUCUGGUAGAAUGGUCAAAAAUUCCCAUAAACACACUCCUAAACCUUGUGGACAGCCUUCCCAGAAGAGUUGAAGCUGUUCUAGCUGCAAAGGGUGGACCGACGUCAUAUUGAACCCUAUGGAUUAGGAAUGGGAUAUCACUUAAGCUCAUAUGUGAGUCAAGGCAGGUGAGCGAAUACUUUUGGCAAUAUAGUGUGUGUGUGUAUCUCUAGCCGCUUUAUCCUGUUCUACAGGGUCGCAGGCAAGCUGGAGCCUAUCCCAGCUGACUACGGGCAAAAGGCGGGGUACACCCUGGACAAGUCGCUAGGUCAUCACAGGGCUGACACAUAGACACAGACAACCAUUCACACUCACAUUCACACCUACGCUCAAUUUAGAGU